AAAGAACAAAAAAAAUACCAAAAACUUGGAAUGACACACAAAAACACAAUACAAGUGGAUAUACACCAAAAACUAGCUUGUAUAAAUACCCUUUAAUUCUAACUCAUCAUGAUAUAUAAAUCAUUUACUCAUUGCAUAUAGUAUUCAUCAAUUAUAUAUUCAUCAUGCAAAGAGAAAGAGAUACAUUGACACUUGCUAGAGUGAUAGGUGAUGUUUUGGAUCCAUUCACAAGGUCUAUUAACCUAAGAGUUGUUUAUAACAAUAGAGAGGUUAGAAAUGGUUGUGAUUUGAGGCCUUCUAUGGUUAUCAACCAACCUAGUGUUGAAAUUGAAGGGGAUAAUCUUCAAACUUUUUACACUCUGGUUAUGGUGGAUCCUGAUGCUCCAACUCCGAGCAAUCCUUACCACAAGGAGUAUUUGCACUGGUUGGUCACUGAUAUCCCAGCAAGCACAGGAGUAACCUUUGGCAAUGAAGUUGUAUCUUAUGAGUGCCCAAGACCUACAAUGGGAAUACAUCGACUUGUUUUAGUUUUAUUUCGUCAAUUGCGUCGAGAAAUUGUCCAUGCUCCCGAAAAUCGCCAAAAUUUCGAUACAAGGGAUUUUGCAAAGGUCUAUAAUUUUGGAUUGCCGGUAGCUGCGGUUUAUUUCAAUUGUCAAAGAGAAAAUGGUACUGGUGGUCGUCGAAUAUAAUUUUGUUUAUGUUGCUUGUAAUCUUUAGAAAUGUUGUUGUUCGUGUCAAAUUCCCUUAAAAAACAUGUCUCUUUUAGAGAAUUAUUCGAUAUACAUCUAUCGAUAUUUUCUAGAAGCCAGGAACAACAUACAUAUAUCCAAAAAUAACAAUAAAGUCUUUAGUAGUCAUCAUAUCAUGUAAUAUCAAC